AUGAAGUUUGCGUACCGGUUUUCAAAUUUGCUGGGUACAGUAUAUCGACGUGGAAACUUAAAUUUUACAUCUGAUGGAAAUUCAGUUAUCAGUCCUGUGGGAAACAGAGUUACUGUGUUUGAUCUUAAAAACAACAAGUCAAACACCCUGCCUCUGGCCACACGCUACAAUGUCAAGUGUGUAGGGCUCUCUCCGGAUGGCUGCCUUGCCAUCAUCGUGGAUGAAGGGGGUGAUGCCCUGUUGGUCAGCCUGGUUUGCAGAUCUGUACUCCACCACUUUCACUUCAAAGGCUCUGUGCACAGUGUGUCCUUCUCUCCCGAUGGCAGGAAGUUUGUUGUCACCAAGGGCAACAUCGCCCAGAUGUACCAUGCCCCUGGGAAGAAGCGAGAAUUCAAUGCAUUUGUCCUGGACAAGACCUACUUCGGACCAUAUGAUGAGACCACAUGCAUUGACUGGACGGAUGACUCCAGGUGCUUCGUGGUUGGGAGCAAGGACAUGUCCACCUGGGUGUUUGGUGCCGAGCGCUGGGACAACCUCAUCUAUUAUGCGCUAGGAGGACACAAGGAUGCUAUCGUGGCCUGCUUCUUCGAGUCUUGCAGCCUGGAUCUGUACACCCUGAGCCAGGAUGGGGCCCUGUGUGUGUGGCAGUGUGACACGCCCCCAGAAGACCUGCGGUUGAUGGCUCCCCGGGGCUGGAGGGCAGACCUGCUACAGCGGGACCAGGAUGUAGAGGAGGCUGAGGAUGGGGAGAAAGAGAUCACAGUGCGAGGGACCGCCACCCCGGCCGAGGAGGAGCAGAAAGGAAAAGUGAAGUACACACGGCUGGCCAAGUACUUUUUCAACAAAGAAGGUGAUUUUAACAAUCUGACAGCUGCUGCGUAUCACAAGAAGACCCACCUCCUGGUCACUGGAUUUGCUUCAGGAACCUUCCAUCUGCAUGAGCUCCCGGAGUUCAACCUCAUCCACUCCUUGAGCAUUUCCGACCAGAGGAUCUCAUCCAUUGCCAUCAACAGCACUGGGGACUGGGUGGCCUUUGGAUGCUCAGGGCUGGGCCAGCUGCUGGUAUGGGAGUGGCAGAGUGAGUCCUACGUGCUCAAGCAGCAGGGCCACUUCAACAGCAUGGUGACACUGGCCUACUCACCUGAUGGACAGUACGUCGCCACUGGCGGGGAUGACGGCAAGGUCAAGGUGUGGAAUACGCUCAGUGGCUUCUGCUUCAUCACCUUUACGGAGCACUCGAGUGGGGUCACUGACGUGACCUUCACGGCCACAGGCUAUGUCAUUGUGACCUCGUCCAUGGAUGGGACUGUGCGUGCCUUUGACCUUCACAGGUACCGCAACUUCCGCACGUUCACAUCUCCACGCCCCACACAGUUCUCCUGCGUAGCUGUGGAUCCCAGUGGUGAAAUCGUCUCCGCUGGUGCCCAAGACUCUUUUGAAGUCUUUAUCUGGUCCAUGCAGACUGGCAGGCUCCUAGACGUUUUAUCUGGCCACGAGGGGCCCAUUAGUGGUUUGAGCUUCAACCCAGCCAAGUCUGUGCUGGCCAGCGCCUCCUGGGACAAGACGGUACGUCUCUGGGACAUGUUUGACAGCUGGCGGACCAAGGAGACGCUGGCCCUGACCUCUGAUGUGCUGGCAGUGACUUUCCGACCUGAUGGUGCAGAGCUGGCUGUGGCCACACUGAACUCACAGAUCACCUUCUGGGAUCCUGAGAGCGCGGUGCAGACAGGCUCCAUCGAGGGCCGGCACGACCUCCGAGCAGGCAGGAAGGAGCUGGACAAGAUCACGGCCAAGCACUCGGCCAAAGGGAAGUCUUUCACCACCCUGUGCUACUCUGCGGAUGGCCAGAACAUCCUGGCAGGAGGUCUGUCCAAGUUUGUCUGCAUCUACCAUGUCAAGGAGCAGAUCCUCAUGAAGAAGUUUGAGAUCUCCUGUAAUCUGUCACUGGAUGCCAUGGAGGAAUUUUUGAACCGGAGGAAAAUGACAGAGUUUGGUAACCUUGCGCUGAUUGAUCAAGAUGCCGGGGAGGAGGACGGGGUGGCGAUACCACUGCCUGGUGUAAAGAAAGGUGACAUGAGCUCUCGGCACUUUAAACCUGAGAUCAGAGUGACUUCACUCCGCUUCUCCCCAACAGGGCGUUGCUGGGCGGCCACCACCACCGAGGGACUGCUCAUCUAUUCCCUUGAUGCCCGCAUGGUUUUUGACCCCUUUGAGCUGGACACCAGUGUCACACCUAGCCAGAUCCGCGCUGCACUGCGCCAGAAGGACUUCACACGGGCUAUCCUGAUGGCCUUCCGGCUCAAUGAGCAGGCCCUGGUGCAUGAAGCACUGGAGUCGGUGCCCCCAGACGAGGUUGAAGUUGUCAGCUCUUCAUUGCCAGAGGUAUAUGUAGAGAAGGUCCUGGAGUUUCUUGCUUCCUCUUUUGAGGUGUCUCGCCACCUGGAGUUCUACCUGCUGUGGACGCAACAGUUGCUCAUGCAGCACGGACAGAAGCUAAAGGCCAGGGCAGGGACGCUGCUGCCGGCUGUACAGUUCCUACAGAAGAGCAUCCAGAGGCACCUCAAUGACCUCUCCAAGUUAUGUGACUGGAACCGCUACAACAUGCGCUAUGCUUUGGCUGUGUCCAAGCAGAGGGGUAUGAAGCGGCCCCUAGAGCCACUGGGAAGUGAGGAUGCCGCCGUGUCCGAUGAUGAUGAGGACAGCCUGCACCUGCUCGGGGGAGCGGACGAGGAGAAAGAUACUUUGUCCUAG